GAUUGCCACUACACAGUCUUUAUACUAGAGCUUGACCUCUGUGUCACUCUCUCAUGUCCGAGUGAACAAAUCCCGCCAAAGAUACUGAGAGACUAAUUGUGAAAUCAAAGAAGUACUCAAAAGCUCGUUAUCUAAAGAAAGAUUCUGCGAAGAUGAGUACUAUGAAAUUUUGUCGUGAAUGUAAUAACAUUCUAUAUCCUAAGGAAGACAAGGAGCAAUCAAUCCUCCUCUAUGCGUGUCGUAAUUGUGAUCACCAGGAAGCAGCGGAUAACAACUGUGUUUACAGAAACGAGGUUCAUCACUCUGUAAGUGAACAAACUCAGAUCCUAUCCGAUGUUGCUUCGGAUCCAACUCUUCCACGUACCAAGGCAGUGCGGUGUGCCAAGUGUCAACACGGCGAAGCUGUCUUCUUCCAGGCCACUGCUAGAGGCGAAGAAGGAAUGACUCUGUUUUUCGUUUGCUGCAACCCGAACUGUAGUCACCGUUGGAGAGAAUAGAAUGAUAGAAGACUACAUUUUUCAAAUGUAACGUGUAUCUGUGUUCCUCUUUAUGAGUUUCAUACAAUUCAAUUUGGAGUCUCCUGUGUAAAAAUAUGAAUACUACGGGACUGUUGUCUGAGCUCUUGAAUUUUCAGGGUCUUUAAUGAUCAUUUUGGUUUUUGUUGGGUCUAAUUAUAAAUUUAUUAA